AUGACGCACAGCACAACACACGACGCCGCGACGUCAAACGUCCUGGCCUGGUCAACACAUUGCGCGAACAUGCCAGCCAUGGUAGAAGACGAGACCGCCGACGUUGACGAGCCCCCGGAUAUGCGGGUGCCCGUCUCCCCCAUGAGCAACAUGUUCAAGCGGAAUCCGAUCCGUCGCACUACCCUCGACCACAACUCCUCCCUCCUUACCAAGGCUCUCCACAGCCCUUCCGAGGACGAAGAGCCCGAAGCCCGCCCGGGAAUGUCCUUCUUCGCUCGACGCCGCUCCAUGGCCAGCAACAUCAGCCUCGCCUCCACCGCCGACUUGACGAGCGACACCGGCCUUACCAGCCCUUCUCGCGCCAACACCCCCAGCCCUCCCAUUCCUGAGAUGCGCUUCUUGCACCUCAACGAUGAGCCUCGCAAGCUCGCCUUGCAAGCUGCUCCUCGUCCUCAGGAGCCCGCUGCGGAGGCCCCCAAGAAGCGAUGCAUCCAGUUCGCCUGCGCCGCCAAGCCCAAGCCUACUGAGAUCAUCCAGGCCCAGCCCAUGGUGAAGGCACCUUCUGCCCAGGAGCCUCAGCGCAGGCCCUGCAUCAAGUUUGCCUGCCCUGUCCCUCAGCGCCCUGCCUCCACCCAGAACACGCCUCCUCAGCGUAUGGAGAUGGCCGCUGCUCGCCUCCAGCCUCCUUCCUUCAAGGAGAGCUCCCCCGCCACGGUCCGCAAGGCGCGCUCGCGAUCCCCGCGACCUACGCUAGCGCCUCCCCGCUCCGUCGCCGCCAUCAAGUCUCCCACUGGAAAGAAGUACAUCACCGCCGACGACAGCGACCUGCAGAACGAGUCUUCUCACUUCCACGAGUUUGCUAGUGACGUUCCCCGCGAGGAUGAUUGGAUUCGCCAGGCAUUCAACCAACAGGGACGCCGCAUCACUGUCGACGACACUUUGCAGAAGGAGAACGCCAUCCGCAAGCUCGCUAUCGAGGCGGAAGAAGAGGCCGAGCAGGAGGAGGAAGACGACCUGGCGACCGCUAUCGAUGAUGACGAGGAGAACGAUGCCGACGACCAGGACGACGACGAAGAGGAGCAGGAGGAUGACGAGGACGACGAAGAUGAUGAUGAGGAUGAGGACGAGGAUGACGACGAGGACGAUAACUCCGAUGGCUACAAGACUGACGAGGAAACUGGAUUCGCUGACUCCGACGAGGAGGACGAUGAAGACGAUGACCUCCGCCUGUGGACUCCCGGUCGCUCUGCCAUCCAGAACAUUGACACUACUCCUCUGGCUCGUCGCCCUUCUCUUCCCGAGCAGCUCUCCGACUCUUCCAUCGCUUCCCGCACCAGCCUUCGCGCUCGCCGCAUCAAGACUCAUCGCAUGAAGAUACGCCCUGGUACUCCUGAGCUCCCGGACAGCACCGACUUUGUCUGCGGUACACUCGACGAGGACCGCCCCAUGGAGGAUGCUUACAUCUCUUGCUUGGCCGCUCGCAGACGCGAAAAGCUUCAGGUCAUCCCCCAGGACAUCGAUCCUAGCUUCCCUGCCUCGGACCCCGAGGAUGAGGGUGAGGAGGAAAUCUACAACCCUGUCCACCACAGCAGUGACGACGAGAUGUUCCUCCACGGAAAGAUGGAUGACCUGCACCACGGUCAGGACAGGAGAAGGGGCCGCAAGAAGUCGGAGCACGCUUCCCCGAAGCGUUUCCGCUCCCCGCCUCCCAUGAAGCGCCGCGCCUCUCCUGCUCCCAAGGCUCGUGGCCGCUCCCCCCGUCGUCUCUUCGAUGGUCCUUCUCCCCGCCGCCUCCGGACUCCCCCUCCUCCUCAAAUGUUGAGAUCCCCUCCUGCCUCACCCCGCAACGUCCGGGGUGCCAUCACCUUCAAGACUUUGGCCUCUCGCCCGGGCCUUACUGUUACCAAGUCUCUCCCUCGACCUCCCUCCAUGUUCCCUCAGAUGGCCAAGGGACGUCGAUCCAAGGCCCCUGCCAACGACAUCCACGUCCGUGGCGCUAUUGACAUUGUCAAGGGCCUGGAGAGAAAGCGACAACGUCGCAAGGAGAAGUUUUACCAAAAAUACUGCAACCGCGCUCGUAAGGGACAGAUUCCUGAGCGCAAGCCACAGCGCGGACUCGGCUUCUACGACGUCCUCUCCAGCCUCGGCCUGCUCAACAAGCACGCCAAGUUGCUCUUCCUCGGUCUCGACAAUGCCGGCAAGACGACCCUGCUGCACAUGUUGAAGAACGACCGCGUUGCCAUCCUUCAGCCUACUCUUCACCCUACCUCCGAGGAGCUCGCCAUCGGCAACGUUCGAUUCACGACCUUCGAUCUCGGCGGUCACCAGCAGGCUCGCCGCCUGUGGAAGGACUACUUCCCCGAAGUCAACGGCAUCGUCUUCCUCGUCGACGCCAAGGACCACGAGCGCUUCGCCGAGUCCAAGGCCGAGCUCGACGCCCUCCUGUCCAUGGAGGAGCUGGCCAAGGUCCCCUUCGUGAUCCUCGGCAACAAGAUCGACCACCCCGACGCCAUUUCCGAGGAGGAGCUGCGUCACCAGCUCGGCUUGUACCAGACGACCGGUAAGGGCAAGGUGCCUUUGGAGGGUAUCCGGCCGAUCGAGGUCUUCAUGUGCUCGGUCGUCCUUAGACAAGGCUACGGCGAUGGUAUCAGGUGGCUGUCUCAGUACGUCUAA